AUGAAUACAAUUCAUCAUCCUCUUUCCGAAAAAUCUGUCAUUACUCCUCAUCAUCAUGUUUUGAAAUUUGUCAGCAUUACUGUUGCAUUGCUCAUUUGCAUGACAACUCUCUCCACGGAAUCAUUAUUGGGUUCACCACCAAAAGAAAUUAUUCCACAUACCCUUGCCAGCAUGGAAUCGUUUUCCACAAAAUUAUCGAGUACUGAAAAUCAUUUAUUGAAACGACAACGACAAUUCGAGAGAACUUUUACAGCAAUCACUGCUGUCACUGCUUUACGAAUGAAUUCAAUAUCUUUUUUCACAAUUUCAUCCAUGAAUGGAACGAUGAGUUUUAACGUUGGUUCCAGCAAUGUAAAUUCAAAUAUUGAGAAAAUUGUUGAAAUUACUUAUAUGGUCGACAAGCCCAACGAAGAAUCAAAUCCUUGGUUACAAGUGACACUACGACCUGAGAGUAACCUUGUGGUAAAUUCUGGAUCGUCACCCAACAAGUCAUUCGUGAGAAGUGUAAAGAAUUUAUCAGGUGCACAAAUGUAUCAACAUGUCAUUCGAUUUAUAUUGACCUCUUCAUUGUUAAAUUCCACUCAAGACCAAAUCAUUGACAUGUUCACAUUACAAACCAAUGCAUUUAGUGUGAAUAUUAAUUUAGCAAAUUCUACCAUAUAUUCAGGCACCACUUAUCCAACAUUUUCCAAUGAAUUUUUCCCUGGAAUUUAUCUAUAUCCUGCCUUUGUUGGAUUUUCAUUGUUAGCAUGUUUUGGAAGCAUUCUCAUUUGGUGCAUUGUGUAUCGAAGGAGAAAAAAUCCAGCUGCUCUAGGUGAGAGAGAAUCGAAAAUUUGUAGACACAGUAUCAUUUUGAGUAUUGCAUUUUGUUGCUAUUUCGUGACGUUUUUAGCCAUUGGCAGUGCACCAAUAUUUGGCAUGAAUCGAAGUUUUUCGAAAUGCUGUGCCUCAUUUCAAUCUAUUUAUUUUGGUAGUGAUUUGGUAUUGGCUAGCUCACAACAGGCCAACACUACUUUCAAUAUUGAUGCCAGUAACAAAUUGGAGAGAUGUGUCGCCAUUGUGCCCUAUCAACACUUGUUUUGGUUUGGAGAGCCUGUGGAUACUGAGGACAAUUUGAAUCGAGUACAGUGUGUGAACGAUGAGUAUCAAGCUUUUACAACGUAUAAUUACAACAUGAUCAUUUACUUGUCCGUGUUUUUGGGAGUGGCAGUGUUGUGUUUCCCUAUAUUUCAUUGCGUGAUUACUGUAUAUGCAAACAAGUUGUACAUGUUGACCAAGAAGCAACACUCUGGCGAAGUGACCAUUAGUUUUCACGUGGCCAAUAAUUAA